UUCUUGCAGAAUCGUGACAAAAAUAACUUUGUCCUCAGAGCUGAUCACGUUGUUCCAAACGCCUUAGAGACGUUUCCGCCUCCUUCUCUGUUUUGCAAUUGCGGAAAGGAACUUUGACUCGACUGCAGUCGUUUAGAAAUAUAUAUUUUAAAACAACGUCAAACUCUGAACUCUGGACCCUUUUCGCUGUCCGUCUUUGCACGUGAACGCGUUUCGACAGCGGCCCCCGCGUUGACGCUGCGCGUUCGCUCCUCUCUGCUCCUGGCGCGCGACAAUGAGCGACCAGAGGAGAAAGGCGUUCAAAACCGCGCUGCAGAUGUCGAGUCAACUUCUGUGGGUGAUGGGGUUGGUGGUGGGCUUGGGUGGAGUCUAUUUGCUGAUGAAAUACAGUCAGGGCAGCUUGUUCUUUUCGAACACCUACAUCACGAUGCCGGCCAUCCUUGCUCUCGGAAGUGCUGCCGUCCUGUUGGUCGAUGGAUUCCUCGGUUCGUGUCUGAGCAUCAAGGAAUCCACGUUCCUGCAGGGCCUGUUUGUUUAUCUUCUAGUUGUGGUCUUUUGUCUGCAAAGUUCGGCUUCAGCAUUGGCUUAUUUCUACUCUGUGAAGCUGGACUCAGAGAUGGCUCCCCUUAGUGGACUGUUUCAUAAUUACACAGGCAGGAGCCUUGACCGGGUCUCUCAGGCUGUGGAUGCUACUCAACAGCAGUUGCACUGUUGUGGUGUCCAUAACUACACGGACUGGCAUGAAACCCCGUGGUUCAACCGCACGGGUGGACUCUUUGUUCCGCACAGCUGCUGCAACUCUACAUUCCCCCACUGCAAUGGCUCUGUGGACCAGCCGUGGCAGCUUUACACUCAGGGCUGCCAGGUGAGGCUGGAGGCAUCUUUUCAGUUUGUGCUGAGUUUUAUCUUCUGGUGCGGCCCAGUCCUUUUUCUGGUGGAGGUUGUUAAUUUCCUGGUGGUGGCACAGCUGAUGAGGGACCAAACAUUUAUAGAAUAUCACAUACUGCACAAAAACUGAAGACACUAUACUUAUGGCACGUUUCCACUGGCUCGGCUUGACUCGCUUUGCCUCGGCAGGGCCCGAUCAGUUCAGCUUCUGCUAAUUAAUGGGUACAGGUUUACUUCAGUAUACCACAAGUGGUGGGGAUUUUCUAUGCAAAUCAAUUGUCUUGUUGAGUGUUGGUGAUAAGCACAUUAUGCACUAAAUCUGGUACUUUGGGGCCGUUUCCUGCGCGUUAGCUGUUAUGGAAAAUAGUUGUUCUUUUUUUGCAUGUCUUUUACUUCACUUUACUGGAUUGAAUUUUGAAUGAAUCAACAUGUAUUCUCACUGUAGCAGAAAAAAAGGUUAACUUGCAGUUUACUACCAUUCAGAUGGCUUGCGGUUAGUCGUGUGGAGUACGAGUAUAAAUAUGAACAAAUAUGGAUAAAUGGUUCUUGCUUC